AUGGCAUGUCCUGCAGCAUUUGUCGUCUUUGACGAGCUGGUCGGCAAUGUCUUCGGCUCAUCCCCAACCCUGGAGCUGCUACACGAAAACCGUGACUACCCUUUUGCACACGAAGCCGGCGUGUACAUGCAGCAGGACAAUUCCUUGUUCAUCACCAGUAACCUGUUCACGGACCCCAAGACGCAAGCUCCUCGUAUCCAAAUCACCCGCGUCGUGCUUCCCAGGGAUGGAGACGGCGGCGUCGAGUGCCAGGAAAUCCAUCCAGAACAUGUCCCGAUGGCCAACGGCGGCGUCAAUUACAAGGAUGGAGUGCUCUUUUGUGCUCAGGGAGGCGACGGCUGCCCAGGCGGGCUGGCCUAUAUGGAAUCGAAGCCGCCGUACAAGUCGCAUCUCAUGCUCAGCUCCUUCUACGGCCGGGACUUCAACUCCGUAAACGACGUGGUCGUUCACUCGGACGGUUCAAUGUGGUUCACGGAUCCAAUCUACGGCCACGAACAAGGCAUCCGCCCCAAGCCCAGGCUGCCUUGCCAGGUGUACCGAUUCGAUCCGGGCCGCAAGGCUGUCCGCGCCGUGGCAGACGGCUUCGGGCGUCCAAACGGCAUCUGCUUCAGCCCGGACGAGAAAACAGUCUACAUCACGGAUACGGACUGGAUUCACGGAGACGGGACGACGGAUGACUUUCGCGCAUCGCACAUCUACGCUUUCGACAUGGUCGAGUACUCGGGCCAGCCCUUUCUGACCAACAGACGCCUGUUCGCCAUGGCAGACACCGGCAUCCCCGACGGCAUCAAAUGCGACGUCCACGGAAACGUCUACAGCGGGUGCGGCGACGGAAUCAACAUUUGGUCGGCGGGUGGCGUUUUGCUGGGAAAGAUUCUCGUCGACGGCGGCGCUGCCAACUUUUGUUUCGGACGCAAUGGCGACAUGUUCAUCCUAAACGAGCAUCGAUUAUGGCGAGCUCGGCUGGCGGCUACUACAAAGGGCGCGUUGCUGAGAAUUUAG